CCCAGACAGCCACAUCCGGAGAAAGUUUACUGAAACGACAGACCACUGUAACAUCCAACCCCAAGCCUUACCCCAUCCAUGCUCCUCCCCAUGGGGAUGUAGCCAGUAGCUUAAUCUUAAGUUCUCUAUAUAAACCCUCCUCCCUCCCUCCCACCUUCCUCCUCAGAUCACUCGUCAAGAGAAUCAUUCUCAGUAUGGACUACAACGGCAAAGCGAUCGCCGAACACCACGAAGGUGCGGUGCCAACAACCGAACAAACCCACGUCAACCUCAACUCCAAUGUCUCCGGCAAGAUCGCAAACCCCCUCGCCGGAAUCCCCAAGGCCGAACUCCUCCGCCAAGUCGAGCGUUUCGCCGAAGAGCAAAACAUGACCGACAUCGCACCCCUCCUUCAAAAGGGUGCCCUCGUCGCACAGAACCCGCCCGCGUUCGAGGAGAUUGCGGAGUUGGAGGAGUUUGAGCGUGAGGCGUUGAGGAAUGAGACGUUGCACAAGUGGAGGCAGCCGAGGGCGUUGUAUUAUACGAUUGUGAUGUGUUCGUUGGGCGCCGCUGUUCAGGGGUGGGAUCAGACUGGUAGUAAUGGUGCGAACUUGUCUUUCCCUAAAGAGUUUGGGAUUGCUGCACCCGUCGGAUCGCCCAACCACGACCGCGACAACUGGAUCGUUGGUCUCGUCAAUGCCGCUCCUUAUAUCGCUUCUGCUUUCUGUGGUUGUUGGUUGAGUGACCCUCUCAACUUCUACUUUGGUCGUCGCGGAACAAUCUUCUUCUCCGCUAUCUUCUGUUUGUUGUCGGUCAUCGGAUGUGCAUUCACCCAAAACUGGGUCGAACUCUUCAUCUGUCGUCUCCUCCUCGGUAUCGGUAUGGGCUCCAAGGCUUCCACCGUCCCCAUCUUCGCCGCUGAGAAUUCCCCCGCUGCUAUCCGUGGUGGAUUGGUCAUGUCAUGGCAAAUGUGGACGGCUUUCGGUAUCUUCCUCGGAUUCUGCGCAAACCUCGCUCUCUACUCCGUUGGACCCCUCGCUUGGCGUUUGGAGUUGGGAUCUGCGUUCCUUCCUGCGCUUCCGCUCGCUAUCGGUGUAUACUUUUGCCCAGAGUCGCCUCGUUGGUACAUGAAGAAGAACAGAUACCGCGAGGCCUUCAAGUCUCUCUGCAGGCUCCGCAACACCGAGCUCCAGGCCGCUCGUGAUCUGUACUACAUCCACGUCCAGCUUAUCGAGGAGCAGGCUAUCAUCGGAAAGUCGAACUACGUCACCCGCUUUAUCCAGCUCUUCACCAUCCCGCGUGUUCGUCGCGCGACUCUCGCUUCGUUCACGGUCAUGAUUGCGCAACAGAUGUGCGGUAUCAACAUCAUCGCUUUCUACUCCUCCACUAUCUUCGUCGAGGCUGGUGCGUCGUCCAAGAGCGCUCUUCUUGCGUCUUGGGGUUUCGGAUUGGUCAACUUCCUCUUUGCCAUCCCCGCCAUCCGUACCAUCGAUUCGUUCGGUCGUCGUUCCCUCCUCCUCUUCACUUUCCCUCAGAUGGCCUGGACUCUCUUGGCCGCCGGUCUCUGCUUUCUCAUCCCCGGCUCGAGCGCCGCCCACCUCGGUCUCGUCGCCUUGUUCAUCUUCUUGUUCGCCGCGUUCUACUCCCCUGGAGAGGGACCCGUCCCAUUCACCUACUCAGCCGAAGUCUUCCCCUUGUCUCACCGUGAAGUCGGUAUGUCCUGGGCUGUCUCGACUUGUUUGUUCUGGGCGGCCGUCUUGUCCCUUACUUUCCCACGCAUGCUUUCCGCGUUCGGCACCACCGGAAGUUUCAUCUUCUACGCCGGCCUGAACGUCUGUGCUUUCUGCCUCAUUUUCUGUUUCGUUCCGGAGACUAAGCAGCGCACCCUCGAGGAACUCGACUACGUCUUUGCCGUUCCCACUGGCAAGCACGUCCACUACCAGUUCACUAAGGCUUUGCCCUACUUCAUCCGUCGCUGGGUCUUUUUUGACAAGAGUGCACAGCUUGAGCCUCUUUACCACUUUGAUGCUACGCUUGCGACGAACCAGGACAAGGCUCGUGAGGAGUACGAGCUGGAGUCCCGUACCACUGGAAAAUAUUAAAACUCAGGGUUCUGGCUUUGGACUGGUACGCGUAUAAUGAAGCUCAAGAUUGAUAUGUUGUUGGUUGGGACGGGUUAGUUGGAUAAUUUUUGGAAAUCUUUGGAUGCGAAAGGUGUUAGUUUGUACGUUAUUGCUACUGUAGUCUGCGUU